UAAAACUUAAGUGGCUUCAGGUAAACAAAAUAUGCAUUGAUGUGCAUAUACUUUUUGUAUAUAUUAGAGUCCUUUCCAAAUUUAUAUGGUGUUUUAAAAACUAAAAAAAUAUUUUAAACGCAAAUGUAAAACAACCAGGUAGGCAUAUGCAAAUAUUGGCUAUUGUUUGCACUAUGCUAGUGAAAUAAACAUUUUAAGCAGAAGCAGAUAAUUAUGAUUUGAGAAAUAGAAGCCUUGCCGUUGGAGUAUUGAUCUCAAUGCUAGCUCUAUUAAUCACUCGCAGAUUCAUACAGCUUAUGCUUUUUAUUGAAGACCAACCACCGCAUUCAUUUACACAGUUUGAAUUCGCCCAGUAACACUUCAUGUGAAUAGAAUAUGGAUGCGUCCAAUUGGGAUCCUACGAUUUUUUGUCGGGCGUGUGCCAAGGAAUUAAACCUACUUAAAAAUGACGAAACAGUUCACUGUGUGUACAUCUUUGAUUCAUCGGAUUUUGCGCAGAAACUUAGCGCUUGCAUCUCAAUAGAAGUGUCUGCAACGGAUAAAUACUCAAAAUAUUUGUGUAUAGGUUGUUCCCAGAAAGUCAAUGAUUUCUUUCAGUUCCGAGAAAUGUGUAAACAAUCAAUUCGACGUUUUGAGGAACUGCAACAGGUUCAGAAUCCCUGGAAUUUUGAUGAUGAAAUUCCCAUACCUGUUUCGGAUGAGCAGACUAGUGAGAUUCUAAAGGUAGACGAAACAAAUUCUUUGGAAGAUGAUCAUGGACAAUUUGAGCGGCAGACAAAAAUUUUAAAAUUGGAAAAAAGCAAAGUGAAAAAGUAUACGAAGGAAAUAAAGGAGAAAAGCCGAACAUUUACGCUAGAGGAUGCUGACUGCGAAUCGGAGACUUCUGACCAGUUAGAGAAAAAAAUGAAUACACAAAAAGCGGAAUUUUCCAAUGAAGAUGCCUUGGACUUUGAUGUAGCUAUGAUUAGCAACAAUGCAUCACAAAAUGAAGACAACAAUGCUGAUCAGACGAAUGUUGUCACCAAAUGUAAAUAUGAAAUGAAGACGAAUUCCAAUGCAACACCGUCAACUCUAUCAAAAAUUGCUUCCGAAACAAAGAAAUGCACCAUUUACCGGUGUGUUAUUUGUCCGGCACGUUUUAUCGCCGAACACCGCCUUAUUGCUCACAAGCGCGAACAUGAAGGCCUUAUUCCGUAUCCUUGUCCGCGCGAAGGAUGCAGUAAAUCGUUCAAUCAUUGGAACAGUCUUUCUAGACAUCUAAGUCAGCACGACGGGAGGAGUUUUCAAUAUGAAUGCGACCAAGAUGGUUGUGGCAAAGUGUAUAAGUAUAAACCAACACUAGUGAUGCAUAAGCGAAAAUGUCAUAAAUUGGGACCUGAGCUGAAAUCUCAUAUCUGUGAGAUUUGUGGGAAAGUUUUUAAAUCCACGGCAAUACUUAAUGAUCAUCGUUACACCCACAAGGAUAAAUCUGAGCGUCCGCAUGCAUGCAACCAACCAAAUUGCGUGCGUCGAUUUUCCAAUAAAGAAAAAUUGAAAGUUCAUCUAAUGCGGCAUGCUGGCAUUAAAAACUAUGUGUGUCCACACUGUGGUUUGCGUAAAACGACAAUGAACGAACUGAAGGUGCAUAUUAACUAUCACACACUGGAACGCACCUGGCCAUGUCGCUUUUGUACACAAGUCUGCAAUAGUUCCGGCAAUCUAAGAACUCAUGUGCGCACAGUGCAUGAGCGGGCCAAAGAUUAUGCUUGCCGUCAUUGCGAUCGUACAUUCGCCAAACCGGACACGCGCAAGUAUCAUGAAAUGACACACACAGGCGAGAAACCAAACGAAUGCCCGGAUUGUGGUAAGCGUUUCAUACAACCAGCGGCAUUACGUACACAUAGGAAAAUUCAUCAGCGACAGCAUGGACGUAUUGAAACAGCAAACAAAUCGAAUUUGUUGACUUCGAAUAUGGCCUAAAAUUGGCCAAAAAUAAUUGGUAUCGAUUAAUAUUACAAAAACGGAAUGGAAAUAUUGAAAUAUUUUUCUCUUAUUUUCAUAAUUUUUUAAUUAUUAUUAAUUUUCGGUUAUUAUUUAUUUUUAAUUAUUAUUUAUUUUUAAUUAUUAUUUAUUUUUAUUAUUUUUUAUUUUUAAUUAUUAUUAUUUUUUAAUUUAUUUAUUAAUGAAAUGAACAGAAUUUUUUCUGACUGCAGAACAAAAUUUUCUCAAGAAAAAUAAUAAUAAUAAUAGGCUAAGGACUGUUCCAGGAAACAGGGAAGAGCCCAAAUCAGCAACAUCGUGUAACUCAGUUAGAACUUAAAAGGAGCAAAUUUGAUAUAUGUAUUGUUGUUUAGAAAACCAGCAUAAAAUAAUACAAAUUAUGGAACGAAUAUGGAAUAUUUGGUAUUAUGGCGCUCAUUCAAUGGAGAAUAUUGUGAAUUUCGUCUGCUUGGGUGAAUCAAAAUAGAUUAUUUCUGCCACCUGAUACGAUAUUUAAAGAUAAAAAUAAAGAAAAGAAAACGA